AUGGUUGAGUACGAUUGUUACAAGCGAACGUUUCAAUCCGUCGAGUAUUUGGCAUAUCCGAAAUGCUGCAGAUUGGGUUUUCAGUAUGAGGAAUCGGAGCAUCGAUGCAUCAAAAGCAACAGAGUGAUGAACUUGGAAGGAUUCACCGUCUUCAACAUCAGUCUUUCGCAUUGUCCUUUGAAGACGCAUGCCAUAGUCGAUUACGUCGAUUACGAUGAUAAUUUAAGAAUAGAUUAUGGUUUGGUGGCAUCUUUGUCGAACAGAAAUUUCCAAUACGGAAGUUAUUGUUUGGAUGAAACGUCUAAUAGUACAAACUUAGUUAGAGCAUGCCAAAAAUAUGAAGAUGUCUGUAAAACGUCUUUUGAUGAUAAUAAAAUAUUAUGCAUUCGAAAAUGCUGCCCCGAUGGCCAAUCUUAUAAAAAUGGCAAGAAAUGCGUGAAAACUUUCAAUCAUGGAAUUCAAUUGAAGAAAAAUUUCUUCCACACCAAUGAAGGAGAUAAAUUUGCAAUAAUUCAAUCUCAUGAAGGAACAAAAUAUCCUUGGAAACCGGAGCACUUGUGUGAGGUGGAUAAAAUUGGCAAUUUGAAGUGUGUUAUACGCAAUGAGACUAAAGCGUACAAUUCUUUGGACGCUGUUUACUGCACCGAGGCUCGAGAGACCAAAGGUGUUAUACAGCAAAUGGUAUUCCUAUAUUUUAACAAGGACUUAAACAAACCUGAUAUGGAUUUCGUCGUUAGUAGCAUCCUGUUAUUAAUAUCCGCCUUCUUCCUUGCAUUGACUCUAAUUACAUAUUUGCUCACCUCAAAGUGGAUGAAACUUUUCGAGAAGGCAAAUAGCUGCUAUUGUUUAAUAACGUUUGUUGCUAAUGUAACGAUAUCUAUAGUCAAAUUCAAACCUAGUCAUUUGUGGAGCUACACUUCAUGUGUGUCUUUGGGAUAUACGAAUUUGCAAUUAUUUCUAAGAUAUUUGGAUGACGACUAA